AUGGUCACAAGUAUAUUACAGCAAGUCAAGCGAUUGCUUCAUAACAAAGAUGUAUUUGGCGUCUUUCGCAGUAAAAGUGGAAAUUUCAGUAACCUGGAUAGCACAACCCCAAAACUGGAGGUUUAUGCUAGUCCGAACUCUACCGUAGUUCCAGCCCCAACUUUGGAUUCUUUUGAGACGAUGUUGGAGAGAGGUAACUUCACCACUCUGGGACUAGCUAAGGCAGGGAUUAGAAUGUUCUUUUCCUAUUCGGUAAGUAAAUAUGCUGUUCUUUGUUUUAGUACCGCCAUCAUUUUGAAUAGGCUAACUGUAAUGUCGUCAUUGAGGUCAAAUUCUACAAGUAUUCGUUUACCUCUUUGGUCAAAAACUUUGCUUCAUUUGGUGGCCGCUCUGUCACUGAUUAACGCUCUUUUACAAAUUUUGAACCAAUUUGGAUUCAAGCAUAAUUUGCACGUGAAUGAUAUGAAUGCUUAUGCCUUAAGCAUUUAUUUAUUUAUAGCUCUCUCAGACUGCAUUGAAAUUUUUGUUUCUUCAACAACGAAUGCUCCUUCAUUAAUGUGCUCUGAUUUUUCCAUAUGGGGUUUGUCAUUGAAUCUUUAUAUCAUAUCCAAAGUGCCCGCGGGACAACAGCAUAUAGGUGAUAAUGUUGAACUAUUAGGAGCAGUUUUUCACAGGCUAGCAAUCCAUUUGGUAGAACUAUUUCACAUAAGAGCCUAUAGAUUAUGCGCGGAGGUUAUAUUGAACGUGGGUUUUUUCACAACAUUCAUCGCUAGAGCCUAUCUGAACGGAUUAGAUUUUAUUAAUAUCUGUAUCAUUCAUAACUACUUCCCUGGCUUUUUCUAUAUUUCUAUUAUUUUGGUGGCUUCCAUAUACAUUUCCUUGAAAGCUCUAUUUACCGGUAAUCCGUUCCAAUCACUAUAUUCAAGAUAUAAAAUUUUGACAAAAUGGUGGAGAUCAAACAACUACAGUGGAGAAGAGGAAUUCAAUGAAAUAGCUCUUUCAUUGUGCCUACUUUUGGUAUCGAAUGAUUAUAAAGUUCCUAAAAAAACAGAUAAUAUAAAAUCCGUUGAUGAAAUUGCUGCUUUCAAUAAUAGUUAUAUGGUUAGUGGACAUUUAAACCAAUUACAGUCGACACCAGAGGACCUGUUAUCUCAUAAGGAAAUAAAUACCGAUUCGCAGUUACCAGGUUUUAUUAACACGUAUUUAGGUCUUUUUGAAUUAAUAAGUACCAUAAUUUUGAAGUAUUCUAGACUCCUAAAAAAUCUUCUGUGGAGUAAAGAUUUGGAGAACGAUAUAGAUCAAAAACCGAAAGUGAAAAAGCGUAACAAGAGGGAUUUGAAUAGAUAUGUUACAGAAAAAAACUAUAAAAAGUUCUUAUAUAAACCGGACGUCAAAGAGCUUGAUUCCGAGAGUGAUCUCAGACGCCAGGAGUUACUGCUUCCUGAAGAUGAUUCAUCAAAAGACUACUUUCCUCCGAGGAAAAUCGAUGACAGCGUUUCAGAUGAAGAGUUUGAUGAUGAUAGGGAAAAUCAACUGAUUAUGGAAGAAGAAAAAGAGUUAACACAUUUAUCAAGCAACGCUGUUGAUUCCGAUGAUUUGAAGGAAAUAGCCUGGAACGUUUCCAUGUGGUCGAUUUUAAACUAUGAAAUGGAUGAUCACAAUAAGGUUGAGGGACCGUUAACCAGAUCACAGUAUGGCAAAAAAAACCCAGAAGGUGUGCUAGUCGAUGUUGUUAUUGAACGCCUUCUACAUCAUACAAAUUUCAGAUAUAUGUACAAACGUUUGGAUAUGAAGGACAAUGACGAAUUAGAGUUCAAGUUCGAUUUUCCUCUUGAUGGCUGCGAUGAAGUCGAAAAUAUAGAUCUUUCCUGCCUAAUCUGCAAAGUUAAUAAAAGAAAUAUUGUAACUUGGCCUUGUAGAUGCCUUGCGCUAUGUGAUGAUUGCAGGAUAUCACUGGGUUAUAAAGGAUUUGCUACAUGCGUCAGCUGUGAUAAUGAGGUGAAGGGUUACAGUAAGUUGAAUAUAGUCUAA